AUGGGAAAAAGAAAAACUAUGCAAUCAUUUAACCUUGAAUCCUUUGGAAAAAAUUUAGAAAAAAAACUUAGACGAAAUCCAGAACAACUACAACAACCAAUUAAAAAUUAUAAAUCCGAAAGAGAAAGAGAUAUCCAUGAAUUAAUUUAUACAAUUAAAUCGGAAAGAAUGUUUAUUUAUAAAAAUGCUCAUAGACAUCUUAAAUUGGCUUUGGAAAAUGCUACUCUUGCGUUGAAUUUACCAAUGCUCCUAAAAGACUUCCAUGUAACAUUGAAAGAAUUUGAUGCUCUUGAAGCCAGUUUGAAUGCUGAGCUAGAGUGUUUGGAAUUACAAUAUUCUAGCGAUACAUCAGAAUUACUUUUACCAGUUAAUAGUGUUAAUACCAGUCAAAACACAAUCAAUGAAAACGCCAUUACCACAGCCAUUGCCUCAUUAUCAGUUAACCCUGUUAAUACCAGUGUUGCUCUUUCCACUGCUUCCACUUCUACUUCAACUCCCACUAACACUACCACUACUACUACCACCACUUCCAAUUCACUUACCAAAAAUAAUAAUUCCGCCUUAGUUUCAAAACCAAAAACACGUGGUGUACGUUCCAAACCAAUUGAUAUGAAUAGUAGUGAUGAUGAAGAAGAUGAUCAAAAAGAUGAUCAAGACAAAGAUGAUAGUGAUGAAGACAAUGUCGAUAAUACUCCACCAUUGGAUUCAAAUGAUUCUAAACCACCAUCAUCAAAAACAAAAGGAAUUUCCAAAACCAAGACAAAAGGAAAUGUUAGCACUGCCAUUACCACCACCACCACUCCCAUUACUACUACUGACUCCAAUAUUAUCGGUACUACUACAACCACUGAUGAUAUCACAGAAGAAAGCAAGGUAAAAGAAAGACCACCAAGGAUAUUUCCAGAAAAUUGCUAUGUCUGUAAAGUAACCGAAACUCCAUAUUGGAGAAGAGGUACAGAUAAUGGUGUUGUAGUUGACCUAUGCAAUGAAUGUGGACUAUACUACAUGAAUAAAGAAAAGAAAGAGAGACUUUCCAGACAAAAACAUAGUAUCAAAAAUGUUUUGAACUAA